AUGUCUUUAUUAUUAUUAUUAUUACAGAAUCAAGUCAUACUGCUGUUACUGAUGGUAGCGAUGUCCUCGCUGGCCCACUCAGCUCAUAUCCUUAACAUGUCCCAGCCGCUGGACUGUGAGGAUGUGUACAAAAUAAAGAUCAACUCAAAUCACAGUGCCCCUGUUCCCAGUGGAGUGUACACCAUUUACCCUGCAGGGCCUAAUAAACCCGUGAAGGUGUACUGUGAUAUGGGCUGUGCAGAAAGUGAUGGCCAUGAUGAUGAGAAAUGGACUGUGAUUCAGAGGAGAAUCGACGGCAAUGUGAGUUUCUACCGACCAUGGGAGCAGUAUAAGGAAGGAUUUGGUAAUGCCGCGGGUGAAUACUGGUUAGGUCUGGAGAACAUCUUCCUCAUGACCAACACUGACAAGUACAUGCUGAGAGUGGACAUGGAGGAUUUUGAGAAAGGCAGUGCCUACGCCCAGUACACUUUGUUCUACAUCGACUCAGAGUCCAGCUACUACAGGCUGAACAUCGGUGGCUACGUCAAUGGAGGAGCAGGUGAUUCCUUGUCCUAUGUGAAUGGGAGGUAUUUUUCAACCUUUGACAAAUCCUACUCAGGAAGCUGUCCGGAGACGUACAAUGGUGGUUUCUGGUACAACUACUACUACUACUACUACUACAGAUAUUAUUAUUGUCACAGAGCCAACCCCAACAGCCUGUACAAGUAUGGACGUGUGAGCUCAUCUUACACGGGGAUCAUAUGGAACUCCUGGAAAAGUUACUACUACUCUCUGAAGACCAUCACAAUGAAGAUCAGGCAGAUUGGUCUGGAAGAUCUUGAACAUCUUUAACUUUCCAGGCCUGGAAAGA